AUGUCACCUCGUCACCGAGAUUCGAAAAUGGCAGGAGAAACAUCACACCCUGUCGUCAAAGCGGACCCCGCCUCGCCGUCCCCACCCCAAAAACAAUUACUGACUCCACCUUCAUCAACUGUCAAAGCUAAACAUGAAGCCUCCCCUACAGCAGCGGAAAGAUCGAAACGCAAACGCCCGGCCACGCCCGAAGAGAGUGACUUUGAGCCUCUCACACCCGACAGAGCGAGCAAGAAGUCCAAACACCCCGUCACGCCAGUCAGGAAAUCACGCAAGAAGAAGACGAAGACCCCAGCUGAACUUGCAGCUGCUGCAGAAAAAGCCAGACUGAAAGCCGCGAAUGAAGAAAGGAUAAGGAAGGACAAGCAGGGGAAGGCAGAUUGGAAAAAGUGGCUUGCAAACAACAAGAACGACGACGACAAGAACACCCUCGAUGCUAUUGGAAUCGAUUGCCUUACCAAAACCAUGUGCGGUGAACAACUCGGCUUGAAAACAGAUGAUCUGAAGGCUCUGCCGUUCGAGAAAAGACUAAAUCCCAACGGUGCCUCUUACGCGGCAAUGCGACUAUACAGCUAUUCCGAUGCCCUCCGUCUUGCUUGUAGGAAGGAGGCAAUUCUGGCAGGUUAUUCUCAGGACAACGAGGAAAUCUUGAUGGAAAUUGGGCGAGAACUGCUGCAGGAUAAGAAAGGGUAG